AUGGACAACCUUGGAAAGAUCUCAGCGUUCGGAAAGAACAUCUCCGCUUCCUUUACACCUUGGGCUGCCCGGACGCAGCAAUAUGUCAAGGAGCAGGUGGGCAAUGUCGAGGACAAGACUCAACUCCCCCCGGACUACAUCGAGCUCGAGAAACGGGUCGAUGCGCUGAAGAAGGUGCACACGACGAUGCUGCAGGUCACCUCACAAUACGCAAACGAAGCCUACGACUACCCAGCCAACAUCCGCGAAUCCUUCAACGACCUCGGCCGCACCGUCUCCGAGAAGGUCAAUCUGCUCUCCAGCGCCACAUCGCCCGCCGAAGCCCAGGCUGCCCUGACUGCUCCGCCCUCAGCAAAGCCCCAGCCCAAGACGUUCAACCAUGCCAUCGCCCGCGCCGCCCUCAACUCGUCGCACAUGCUCACCUCGGAGCAGACCAGCUCCAGUGAAGACCCCCUUGCUACCGCCCUCGAGAAGUAUGCUAUUGCCAGCGAGAAGGUCGGCGAGGCCCGACUGGCCCAGGACGCCCAGAUCCAGAGCCGCUUCUUGGCCGGCUGGAGCACCACGCUCAACACCAACAUCCAGUUCGCUACACGUGCUCGCAAGGCAGUCGAGAACUCGCGGUUGAGCCUGGAUGCGACCAAGGCCAACGCAAAGGGCCCUGCUUUCACUCUGCCAGGUCAGGCUCCAAAGACAGCCAUGGACGACGACAUCAGUGAAGAGGCGAGAGCCAAGAUUGAGCAGGCCGAAGACGAAUUUGUUGGCCAGACAGAGGAGGCCGUCGGUGUCAUGAAGAACGUCCUCGACACCCCCGAGCCUCUCCGCAACCUCGCUGAACUCAUCGCCGCCCAGCUCGAGUACCACAAGAAGGCAUACGAGAUUCUGUCCGAGCUGGCACCCGUCGUCGAGCAGCUGCAGGUCGAACAGGAGGCCAGCUACCGCAGGGCUCGCGAGGAGUUGUAG